GCAUCACGUGCUCUACGCUGCAGCGGUCCAUUUUCAUCAUAGAUCUUGUCCGCUUUCUCUCUCUCUCUCGAACUCUCUCUCUCUCGCUCAUAAAUCAACCGGCCAGUUAACUCUGCAAAGCCCAUUACGAUUUUCAUUGGCUUGUAGUGGAGGGGAGAGAGAAUGCUCUUGCUCUUCGUUGUGCUUCUCUUUCUCUCGAAAGGUUGCCUUACUGUUUCUUCUCAGAAUAUUGGCUAUGGCUACCGCUUGGUCUCCCUUCAAGAGAAUCUUGACGGAGGAGGGCUUAUUGGACAUCUUCUACUGAAGAAGGCCACCUCCACUUAUGGCCCUGAUAUUCCUCAUUUGAGGCUUUUUGUCAAACAUGAAACUAGGAACCGAUUGAGAGUUCACAUAACUGAUGCAGAGAAUGAGAGAUGGGAAGUUCCAUACAACUUGCUUCCAAGAGAGGAACCUCCACCACUAGAGAUUCAUAAUCAGAAAACCUCAGGCUUUCCCUUCACGGCCUCAGAGUUCUCCGGCGAAGAGCUUGUUUUCAGCUACAUAUCAGAUCCAUUUGGGUUUGCAGUUAAGAGAAGAUCCAAUGGAGAGACACUCUUUAAUUCAACCACUGAGGCCGAAGAUCCUUAUGCCUCCCUUGUCUUCAAGGACCAGUACUUGGAGAUCUCCACUAGCUUGCCUAAGUAUAGUUCACUCUAUGGUUUGGGGGAGAAUACACAGCCUCGUGGGAUUCAGCUUCAGCCAAAUGAUCCUUAUACUUUAUACACAACUGAUAUUUCUGCCAUUAAUCUUAACAAGGAUCUUUACGGCUCACAUCCGGUGUAUAUGGACUUGAGGAAUAGGAAUGGAGAGACUGCUGCACAUGCAGUCUUGCUACUUAACAGCAAUGGGAUGGAUGUUUUCUAUAGGGGAAGCUCUCUAACCUAUAAGAUCAUCGGAGGAAUAUUUGAUUUUUACUUCUUAUCAGGGCCAAUGCCUCUCGAUGUCAUUGAUCAGUAUACUUCUUUGAUUGGCAGGCCAGCUCCAAUGCCUUACUGGUCUCUAGGAUUCCACCAAUGCAGGUGGGGUUACCACAAUCUCUCUGUUGUUGAAGGGGUUGUUGAAGGCUAUAACAAUGCCCAAAUACCACUUGAUGUAAUAUGGAAUGAUGAUGAUCAUAUGGAUGCUAGAAAAGAUUUCACACUUAGUGCUGUCAAUUUCCCUCGCCCCAAGCUGUUAGCAUUCCUUGACAAAAUUCACUCAAAGGGCAUGAAAUAUGUAGUCAUUGUUGAUCCAGGUAUUAAUGUCAAUUUAACCUAUGGUGUUUAUCUAAGGGGGCUGGCUCAAGAUAUUUUCAUCAAGUAUGAAGGGGAGCCCUAUCUAGCACAAGUCUGGCCCGGACCUGUUUACUUCCCUGACUUCCUGAACCCAAGCGGUGUAUCAUGGUGGGUUGAUGAGAUUGCCAGAUUUCACAAACUAGUACCUGUAGAUGGCCUCUGGAUCGACAUGAAUGAAGUUUCAAAUUUUUGCACUGGAAAAUGCAAGAUUCCAACUACACAUUCAUGUCCCUUAACCACUACUCCAUGGGUCUGUUGCUUGGAUUGCGUGAAUAUAACAAAGACAAGAUGGGAUGAUCCUCCUUACAAGAUAAAUGCAUCUGGAAUUCAAGCUCCACUUGAAUUCAAAACCAUAGCUCCAAGUGCAGUGCAUUACAAUGGAGUCAUGGAGUACAACGCUCACAGCCUUUAUGGUUUCUCUCAAUCCAUUGCAACUAACAAGGGCCUCCUGAAACUGGAGGGAAAGAGGCCGUUCGUUCUCUCCCGCUCGAGUUUCGUGGGAUCAGGAGCUUAUGCAGCUCACUGGACUGGGGACAACAAGGGCACUUGGGAGGAUCUCAGAUACUCAAUCUCAACAAUAUUGAAUUUUGGUUUUUUUGGCAUGCCAAUGGUUGGUGCUGACAUUUGUGGAUUCUACCCAGCUCCAACUGAAGAGCUCUGCAACAGAUGGAUAGAGCUCGGUGCUUUCUAUCCAUUCUCAAGAGACCAUGCUAAUUUAGCCUCACCUCGACAGGAGCUCUACCAAUGGGAGUCUGUUGCAAAGUCUGCUCGAAAUGCGUUAGGCCUACGGUACAAGUUACUUCCAUAUCUUUACACUUUGAGCUACGAAGCUCACAUCUAUGGCGCACCGCUGGCGAGGCCAGUGUUCUUCUCCUUUCCUAAUUUCACUGCAUCCUAUGGUUUGAGCACUCAGUUUCUGCUAGGGAGCAGUGUGAUGGUUUCUCCAGUUUUAAAGCAAGGGGCAACCUCAGUGGAUGCCAUUUUUCCUCCUGGAACUUGGUAUAAUCUGUUUGACACAACGAAGGCCGUGAUCUCAAAGGAUGACAAAUAUGUUACCCUCAAUGCUCCUCUCAAUGAGAUCAAUGUGCAUUUGUAUCAAAACACCAUUCUACCAAUGCAGCGUGGAGGAAUGCUCACCAAGGAGGCGAGAACAACUCCUUUCACCCUUGUUGUAGCUUUCCCCUUCAGUGCAACCCACAGUGAUGCCAAAGGCAAGGUUUAUGUUGAUGACGACGAGCGACCUGAGAUGAAGCUUGUUGAUGGGGAGGCAACGUAUGUCGAGUUCUAUGCAAGCAUUGAAGGGAAGACUGUGAAGGUCUGGUCAGAGGUGGAAAUGGAGAAGUUCAGCUUGGAUGAGAAGUUGUUGAUUGAGAAGAUUACUGUUCUUGGGCUGGAAGGUAUAGGUGAAGGAAUGGAGAUUGAGGUAGAUGGAGAAAGAGUUUCAGAUUUGUCUGGUGUUCAUUUCACUGAUGCUUCUUCAGUGGAUUUGGGGAAGCUGGAUGGAAGAACAAAUGGGAAGAGCUUGAUGAUUGACGUGACUGGGUUGGCAUUACCUCUGGGGAAGAAGUUCUCUCUGUCAUGGAAUAUGAACAUUAAGGCAUGAUGGAGAUGCUUUAGUUUGUUUGAGUAGGUUUUGUCUUAGAGUUAGUGUUUAUCUUAUCUUUUCUUUCUCUUUAGGCAUUUUAUUGGGUUGUGACAAAUGUUGACCUGCAAAUGAAACUCCUGAGAAAUUUUGCAUUUGGUCGAAUGAAUCAUCAUUACCAUUUGGUUUAUCAACUAGUUGAUUGAAUGAAUGAAAUAUUAAAUCAA